AGGAAUUCCUGGUAAGAAAUGUGGAACAGUCAUAGUAACAGCAGAGGAACUGGGCUGUUGCCGAGAUUCAGUUUUAAUGCAAUUUUGUGCGAACAAACUAGACAAGAAGGACUUCUUUGGGAAAUCUGAUCCUUUCCUUGUAUUUCUUCGAAGCAAUGAAGAUGGCAGUUUUACAAUCUGCCACAAAACAGAAGUCAUAAAAAAUACAUUAAAUCCAGUGUGGCAGGCAUUCAAGAUUUCUGUCAGAGCACUGUGUAAUGGAGACUAUGACCGGACGAUUAAAGUAGAAGUGUAUGAUUGGGAUAGAGAUGGAAGCCAUGAUUUCAUCGGAGAAUUCACAACAAGUUACAGAGAGUUGUCGAGAGGACAAUCUCAGUUCAACGUGUAUGAG